UGUAAGCGGAACUGUGGCGUUAUGGUUUGCACACCGCCAUUAAAACUAAAAAAAUAUGUGGCGUGAAAACGUUUGAAUUUAGCAGCCAAUGUGGGCUUGCUUGCUGAGAUGUAGAAACAUCAAGAACACGAUUAUCUAGUUACUGUUUCACUUAAAAAUGGAAGAGAUACGUCCACUGUUGAGCAAUCAGCCGUGGGAGGGCUCAGAUCUCCCAUCCCCAAACCUGAGACCAAGGCACCAGGAACUGAUCCCAACGCCAUGUGGCCCGAUAAAGCCUUGGUCAGAGCUGUCAUGCUUGGUGAAGCUUUACUUCUGCUUCACCAUCGCCUCUCUACUGGCACUAUUGGCCCUCACACUGACAAACAUCUACAGGCAAAGCAUGGCAACGUACAGCUAUGAGGACGACUUCACUGUAUCUCUCAUCCAACUGGUUGGAAUUUUGUUCUGCAUAUACUACAUCACCAGGGGCAUCCUGCAGGAGAACAGGCAGGAGUUGAUAGUGUUUGUCCUCAGUGUGUUGGUGGUCAUGAUGCGCUCUGUGGUCAACUUCAUGGUGCUCCCUGUCCAGGAUAGAAAGGACUUGCUUCUGGUGCGGUUUGUGUGCAUCCUGUGUGUGGGCGUGGUCCAUGUCCUGUGCGCCACUCUGCUCAUCCAAAGGCCCAACAUGAUGGCCUUCCGGGUGGGCGGAGCUCUGGAGAGCUUCCAGGAGCAGUACUUCCUGAUCAACCUGUGCUUCUCCAUGGUCACCUUUGACCUACAGGCCCAGCUGUGCCUUUGCAUACUGAUUAUGACGUCAGGUACAACCAUGUCCUUCACGAACAGCAUCAUCCUGGGCUUUGGAGUGGUCUGGGCCUGCCUUACCGCAGCCAUGGGGGCUAUCGCAGUUUUAAAAGAAGCCAAGCUGCUGGUUUGGGUCUUUGUCCUUCUGAAUGUGCCGGAGGUGGCCUACUUCGUGUACCUGAUGUACAGGAUCAGUGUACACUGGGGGCAGGACAAGACGUAUACACUGGAGGCUGCUGCUGUGACUGGAGCGGGGAUCUCAGUGCUGAUCAAAGGCGUGCUUUUCUGGUCUCUCUUCCGAUUGGCGCGCAGCUUCGGCCAGGGCCUGAGGGAGAGGAUGUAAACAUUGUGCCAGGCUCUCGAACCAGUCGUUCACGGGAUCCCGGAAACAGAUGGAGGGAACGGGGAAGCAGGAAGUAGUGAUGGUAAUGCUGGAGAUAAAAAGAGAGAGAAAGACAAAAGAGCAAACGUCACAGUCAAUCAGGUAUGAGUGGGAGGCAUGCAAGGUAUUCGCAAUCCCCCCCAAACAAUGAUGAAAGAGACACUUGAAACUGGCUGACUAACUUCCUAAAAGGAGUCCUCUGUUACUGGUAUAUCAAUGGGCUGCCAGCAUUUCAGCGACAAGGAAGAUAAUUAUCUCUGGCUGCAUAAAGGAAACAUCAUGUGAUGUGACAUUUUUGUCUCGAGUACAUGAAACUGGUCAAUAUAAUUAUAUAACUGGUACUGUCUGUGUAUUCAGGCACCUUGCGGGAGUUAGAUGAGCUUUGGGUUGAGUUCAUCAGGCUAUCUUCCAUGUUUAUCAGCUUUUGUUUGGUGGUAUUUUGACUAGGGGGGAGGUUGCGAUGACUGAGUGGUCAAAAGGUCACGCACUUGUCUCCAUGGCAGAUCUCUUGUCUCUUCCUCCCAUCGAAUGACACCCAGGCCGUAUUCCUGGAGUCACGUGACAGCAUGAUCUGAGCGUGACAGACGGAGCAGAAGAUAGGAAUCCAGAUGAACGACCAGUCAAAGACAACAAAAGUCUAGCAGUAAAUGUGAGUGUGUGUAUUAUAAGCAAUGUCCUCAUUGCCAUGCAUCACCAGUGACUGAAAGAGAACGCAUUGUGCUAGCUGUGUGUCAGACUGGUCAUUGGUUACCUUUGUGUACUGUUCAAUACAAAUUUUCUGGAGAGGAGAAGUAAAUGCUAAUGUCUUGUGGAGAGGAGCAGUAAAUGGAUAAUGACA